GAGAGGAGGGAUGAAGCCGCCCGCCCGCUGGACGGGAGGGCUGCAGCCAGAGUUUCAGGGCAGCCCUGCUGGACGGGACUGCACUGAAGGCUGGACCUGGGGGGACGGAGAACACGAGCUGGGGGCAGCAGCCAUGCCUACCUGGGAGGCCCGCCCCGCGUCCCCAGACCGCUUUGCGGUGUCUGCGGAGGCUGAGAACAAGGUUCGGGAACAGCAGCCUCAUGUGGAACGCAUCUUCAGCGUGGGGGUGAGUGUCCUUCCGAAGGACUGUCCGGACAACCCCCACAUCUGGCUGCAGCUGGAGGGCCCUAAGGAAAACGCCAGCAGAGCCAAGGAGUACCUGAAGGGCCUCUGCAGCCCAGAACUGCAGGAUGAAAUCCAUUACCCGCCCAAACUGCACUGCAUCUUUCUGGGAGCCCAGGGCUUCUUCCUUGACUGUCUGGCCUGGAGCACAUCAGCCCAUCUGGUGCCCAGGGCGCCCGGCACACUGAUGAUCAGUGGCCUGACUGAGGCUUUUGUCAUGGCUCAGAGCCGGGUAGAAGAGCUGACAGAGCGGCUGAGCUGGGACUUCACGCCGGGACCAUCUUCCGGAGCCUCUCAGUGUACUGGAGUGCUGAGAGACUUCUCUGCCCUGCUGCAGUCGCCGGGGGAUGCCCAUAGAGAGGCUCUGCUGCAGUUGCCCCUGGCUGUCCAGGAGGAGCUGCUGAGUCUGGUGCAGGAGGCGUCCAGUGGGCAGGGGCCAGGAGCGCUGGCUUCUUGGGAGGGGCGGAGCUCAGGCUUGCUCCGUGCUCAGUGCCAAGAAGAGAGAGCUCCCCCUAGUGACGGCAGGGAGUCCCUGGACACUGGAUCUGUGGGACCCAGAGAUUCCAGGGGAGCAAGGGGAGACAAUUAUGCUGUGGAAAAGGAGGGAGGGAAACAGGGUGGUCCCAGGGAGAUGGAUUUGGGGUGGAAGGAAUUGCCUGGGGAAGAGGCCUGGGAGAGAGAAGUGGCCCUCAGGCCACAGUCAGUGGGUGGAGGGUUAAGGGAGUCAGCACCCCUGAAAGGGAAGGCCCUGGGGAAGGAGGAGGUAACUCAAGGAGGAGGAGGGGUCUGUGUCCACCGUGAGCCUCCCGGUGCCCAUGGCUCCUGUCACAGGGCAGCUCAGUCCCGAGGAGCCUCCCUCCUCCAGCGGCUCCACAAUGGGAAUGCUUCUCCUCCAAGGGUGCCCAGCCCUCCGCCUGCACCAGAACCCCCAUGGCACUGUGGAGACCGGGGUGACUGGGGAGACCGGGGAGAUGGUGGGGACAGGGGAGACAAGCAGCAGGGCGUGGCACGGGGUCGGGGGCCUCAAUGGAAACGAGGUGCCCGAGGGGGCAACUUGGUGACUGGCACACAGCGUUUCAAGGAGGCCCUGCAGGAUCCUUUCACACUGUGCCUUGCCAAUGUGCCUGGCCAGCCAGACCUCCGCCAUAUUGUCAUUGACGGCAGCAACGUGGCCAUGGUGCAUGGCCUUCAGCACUACUUCUCCAGCCGGGGCAUUGCCAUUGCUGUGCAGUACUUCUGGGACCGUGGCCACCGUGACAUAACUGUCUUUGUGCCUCAGUGGCGCUUCAGUAAGGAUUCCAAAGUCAGAGAGAGUCACUUCCUGCAAAAGCUGUAUUCCCUCAGCCUGCUCUCCCUCACACCCUCACGAGUCAUGGAUGGCAAGAGGAUCUCCUCCUAUGAUGACAGGUUCAUGGUGAAGCUGGCUGAAGAGACAGAUGGGAUAAUUGUCUCCAAUGACCAGUUCCGGGACCUGGCGGAGGAGUCUGAGAAGUGGAUGGCAAUCAUCAGAGAACGCCUGCUGCCCUUUACCUUUGUGGGAAACCUCUUCAUGGUACCUGAUGACCCACUGGGACGAAACGGCCCCACCCUGGAUGAAUUUCUGAAGAAGCCAGCCAGGACACAAGGGUCUUCUAAGGCUCAGCAUCCUUCCAGGGGCUUUGCAGAACAUGGUAAACAGCAGCACGGGAGAGAAGAGGAAAAAGGUAGUGGUGGCAUUCGGAAGACCCGGGAAACAGAGCGGCUCCGGCGGCAGCUGCUGGAGGUGUUUUGGGGUCAGGAUCACAAGGUGGACUUCAUCCUGCAGCGGGAGCCAUACUGCCGGGACAUUAACCAACUGUCUGAGGCCCUGCUCAGUCUUAACUUUUGAGCCUCACCUGCUUGAGUGGUUGCCGCCCCGUCAGCUCCAGCCGCCUCCAGCUCAGCCCUUUCUGUGAGAGUCCCUCUGCUGCUCACACUCUGAUCCAGAGGCACCCUGAGUUGAUGCUUUGGAUCAGGGAAGCCACUUUGGGACAGGUCCAUAAAGUGACCUGAUCUUACCGAGUGAGGACCUCAGCCAGCUCUCAAGAGGUUCUGCUCAGCCUUAACUUCUCAACUUUGCCUUUAGCACAGGGUUUCUGUAGGGAGUAGGGGCUGCUGGAGAGGAUUAGUUCUGGACACUGAGACUGUUGGCUCCACCUCCAAGCUGAGCUGGGGUGGAGGGCAGGGUGGGCGGGAACUGACAGGAAGUUAAGCUGUUCCUCUCUCUGGCUGCUGCUGUGGAUGGCCAGAGGACAGGAUACUCCCUGGCUGAGCUCCUGGGAGUGUGGAAGGAGACGCUGGGCCCUGGAAGGGCCGCAGCGUUAUGUGGAUGGGGCCACGAUAGGAUGGAGUGAGCUAGUGAAGAAGGCAGAGGGAGACUUGGCUUCUGGUCUCAGCUAUGCCUGUUUGUGAUUGAGUUGCUUGGGCUUUACUUCCGCCUACAAAUCAGUGGUAAAAAUACCUGUUGGGAGGAGAAAUGAGAACAUAGAGGAAACCUUCUUGGAGAAAAGGUGCUUGGACCAAGUCUCAGGUGUGUCUGCCUGUGGCUGCACAGGCUCUCUAACCAAAACCUCACUUUCAGAGAGAUGUGGGUCCUUUGUCUUCAGGGUCCACACCCUAGAUUUUAACACUGCAUUCUCACUAUAACAUGCCCUAUAAUGGCUGCAUCCCUUUUGAGCAACCUCCAAAAUCCACAUUUAUACAAUAGGUAAAUUAGGGAUGACUGCAUUAUCAGAAUACUCUCAGGGUUCCUAUAAAUGGCAGCUCUCCUGUUGUAUUCAAGUGUUUGUUUACAGACUAACAAAUUUGUUGGCAAAUCCCUGGUUAGAUGCACUUGCUGGUGUUGAGAUGAACACAUCGAUUUUUCACCAAAUCGAUGAAGCCAUGCUCUGCAAUGACAAUAUUAAUGUGAUCCAACCCUAACAUUUUCUCUAUGGAAGAUAUAUGUUGCAUAAAGUGAGGCACACUUCUGCUUUA